CCCUAUAUCCAGGAUGUUGGCGACCUUCAGCCACAAUUGCGAGCCUAUGCUUUGGAAAGGGAACAAGUAUUUUCAGUGAGAAGGUGAGGGAAAACAGCAACCUAUAAAGAGAGUAUCACAAAAUGAUGGACAUACUGGUUGCCAAAGCAGCAGACCUCGUGAAGCUGCAAGAUGAAAAUAAAAAAACCGUCCAUGAGCUUUGAAAGUAGUGGUUAGGAUAUGUUGAAAGAAACGAUUCAGAACUUAUCAUACAUCAUUGAGCAAAAGACAUUGAAAUCGAGGCAGUACGUCAGAAACGUCAGACUUUAUGGACAAUCUUGCAGACAUCUGGCACUGGCGGUGAGGUUGGAGGUGUUACUGUGAAUCAGUUGGAGGAGCUUCUGCAGGAACGUGACACAUUACAGCAGCAGGUCUCCCUAAUGAAGGACUGGACACAGCAGGUGAUGACCGCGGUGCGCAACAUGCAGCGAGAGUCAGCCCAGCGCCAGAAAGAACUUCCACAGCUUCAGGCUCGGGUCUUGAUGGACGGUGAUAGUAAGUCUAAACCACAGAUGACCUCUACUGAUCUGAUCCGAAAUUAUAUAGGGAAUGAAAUCCAAGUCACACAUUUGGAGAAGAAAUUAGCACGAAUGCAGCUCAGCCUAGAGCAGCUGUGCAAUGCUAAGGACAUUCUUUUGGGUCCGCUUGACAUUAUUUCACCACAGCCUCCCACCACAUCAUCGCUUACUUCAGAGUCAGCCAACUCUCUGAAGGCUACUAGAUCUGAUGCAGUGAGUGAGUCUUCUAAAGCGCUCCCAGAAGAGAUAGAAGAGUUAAGGAAAUCCACGGAGGAAAAAGAGGCAACCAUUGAAGCCUCCAGGAGGAGAAUCAGAGACUGUGAUGUGAUUGUUGCCACCUCUGAACUAGAAAGAAAACAAUAUGAACAAACAGAUUCCCAAAUUCAGCAGCUAAAGGAGAAACAAGAUGUUUUACGAAGCUUACUUCAGGAAAAAGAGCUCUUAAUUGACACAACAAGUGAUGAAUUAAUUUCUUUAAGUAAAAAUUUCACUACUGAAGUGAAUGAAAAUGAACUUUUGAGGCAGGCAGUAAGAAACCUGAAGGAGAGAAUAUUAUAUUUUGAAGUGGAUACGUAUAAAGUAAAACAGGAAAAUGAAAUAAUACUAGAAUUGUCCCAGGAAAAGGAAACAGAAAAUCAAGCAUUACAAGAGACAAAUAUGCGGCUUUCUAUGACGCUGAGAGAGAAAGAAUUUGAAUCCAUUACAAUGAAGAAGGCUCUUGUUUUUGACAACUACGGAAAGACAAAAAACAUGGCCAGAUGGGGAAAUUAAAUCAGCUUUUAAAUGCAGUAACAUCAAUGUCCUAGUGGUAUAGUGGUUCAGGUUUGGAGCUCUCACUGCCUUAGCCCAGAUUCAUUUCCCAGUCAGAGAACCACACCACUCAUCUGUUGGUUGUCAUUCUGUGGGUGCUGCAUGUUGUUGUGAUGCUGAAAGCUAUGCCACUGAUAUUUCAAAUACCAGCCAGGGCACCCAUGGUGGAGAGAUUUCAGAUGAGCCCCAGACUAAGACAGACUAGGAAGAAGAACCUGGCCACCCACUUCUGAAAUUGGCCAUGAAAACCCUAUGAAUAGCAGCAAAGCAUUGUCUGAUAUAAUGCUGGAAAAUGAGAG